AUGAAACUUGGGUUUGAAGCGAAGCCAAACAGUCCGACCCGUCCAAGUUUGGGUGAAGUACCGAGCUUGGCUCAGAGGCCAGAGGCGGGUUUCUGCUGCUGGAGGGAUCAUCCUUCACCCUUCUACGGCGGAGAUCCUUGCGAAUGUCCCAACGAACAUCGAGGAGAUUUCCCUUGCCCACCAGAAGGCUGCAGGCAGGGCCUUGAUGUUUGGCAGAGAGGGCCUGGCACUCCAACCAAUGGCAAGGACUUCUGCCUGAAAUAUCUAGACGUGGCCGGCUGGUGCCCGAGUGAUCGACCAGCUCUUCCCCCUGCGCCUGUGGAGACUGCCACGGGCUUUUGCUGUUGGCGUGAUCAUCCGGUGCCGGCCUAUUGGGGCAACCCGUGCAAUUGUCCUCUGGAGCACCGGGGAGACUACAACUGUCCGCAGGAUGGAUGCACCGACUCUACUGGUGCCAAAUGGAAGCGUGGCAAUGCAGCCCCCUAUGCCAACCAAGAGCACUUUUGUAAGAGUAUGCCCAAUAUUGCAGCCUGGUGCGCAGGGUGA